GGAAGUCAGGAGUGCAAACCAGACAACAGCAAGCACAUCAAACUUUCCUGUUUCCCCCCCCCCCCCUUUCUUUUCGUUCCACGACAGUUUAUUAUGUUUUUAAAGAGACUACUUAAAUGACAGAACACGUUUCUCGACCACCAUUCUCCGGUCCCCCUACCAGGUGUAAACUUUAGCCUGUUGUUUUCGUGAACUCUGAAGAAAAUGGGGGACAACGGCGUUAACGUUGUUCUCGUUAUGGCUUACGGAAGUCUGAUUUUUCUAUUGCUCUUCGUGUUUGUUAAAAGACAAGUUAUGCGACUCGCCAUGAAGUCUAGAAGAGGACCACACGCUCCCAUCGGCCACAAUGUUCCCAAGAAGUGGAAACAAGAAAUCGAAGCCAAACUGACCCAAGUGCAGAAAAUCCACUUUGAGCCUCGCCUGUUGUCUCCAGGCGAUGAUCGGCUAAACCAGCCUGCUUCUUAUGACUACCUGUAUAGGAUGAAAGCACUGGAUGCCAUCAGAGACACGGAUUUCCCUUUCCGGGAACUGGGUGGUGCAUCCACCGCUGUGACUGGAAAAAGCUUCCGGACGUGGCUGUUGAACAUCCGGAACUCCCACUGCAUGUUCAGGGACAGACAGAGCACGCUUAUUGACACAGUGCUGGAUGGCUACACAAAAGCACGACACGGGGCAGAGGCUUUUGGUGAAGAGGAAUUUUUAAAAUACCAGGAGGCUCUUGUCGAACUGGCUUCUAUUGUGAAGUCUGGCGGCAGCUCCACUGCGAGUCAGCUCCACCAGUCUGCAGCUGCAGACCUGUCCAGCCCCUCUGAGCCUCCAGGCGCCUCGGUGUCUCCGGACCAAACUGCCUACCUCACGUCUUCUUUGCAGCAGCGCAGCAAGAAGCCCAGACACUUCCUGGAGCUGAAGAACUUUAAAGACAACUACAACACGCUGGAUAAUAUUGCAUAAUGCAUGAUCAGA